GUGAAAGCGUGGGCAAGCACAUGCUGGAGGCGUGCAACAACAACCUGGAGAUGGCGGUCACCAUGUUCCUGGACGGCGGGGGCAUCGCCGAGGAGCCCAGCACCAGCUCGGCCGCCGCGGCUGCCGUGCGGCCGCACACGGAGGAUGAAGUACGAGCUCCCAUUCCUCAAAAACAAGAAAUUUUAGUUGAGCCUGAGCCCUUGUUUGGAGCUCCCAAAAGACGCAGACCUGCCCGUUCAAUAUUUGAUGGCUUUCGGGAUUUCCAAACAGAAACCAUUCGGCAGGAACAGGAGCUACGGAAUGGAGGGGCGGUGGAUAAGAAGCUCACGACUCUCGCGGACCUCUUCAGGCCUCCCAUUGAUCUCAUGCACAAAGGCAGUUUUGAAACGGCCAAGGAGUGCGGUCAGAUGCAGAACAAGUGGCUCAUGAUAAACAUUCAGAACGUGCAAGAUUUUGCAUGUCAGUGUCUCAACCGCGACGUGUGGAGCAAUGAGGCUGUGAAGAACAUAAUCCGGGAGCACUUCAUUUUCUGGCAGGUAUACCACGACAGUGAGGAAGGACAGAGGUACAUACAGUUUUAUAAAUUGGCAGACUUCCCUUAUGUCUCCAUCCUGGAUCCCAGAACAGGCCAGAAACUAGUGGAGUGGCACCAGCUCGAUGUAACUUCGUUCUUGGACCAAGUGACUGGGUUCCUGAGCGAGCACGGCCAACUGGAUGGGCAUUCGACUAACCCUCCCCCAAAAUGUUGUCGUUCUGAGAGCCUCAUUGAUGCCAGUGAGGACAGCCAGUUGGAAGCUGCCAUCAGAGCCUCGUUACAGGAGACCCAUUUUGAUUCCUCACAGGCCAAGCAGGAGAGUCGGUCGGAUGAGGAGUCUGAAUCAGAGCUUUUUUCCGGGAGCGAAGAGUUCAUUUCGGUGUGCGGAUCAGAGGAGGAGGAGGAAUUGGAGAAUCCUGCCAAGUUGAGGAAAUCUCCACACAAGGACUUGGGGUAUAAAAAAGAAGAGAGUCGGAGGCCACAGCUUGAGGCCCCUGCACGGACAGAGCCAGGUACAACGUCAAAUCACAGAGUCCUGCCCUGCAUUGAUGCAGGGAUCCUGGAGGAGUCCACUGACAAGCCUGAAAGCACAUUGCAAGUGCUAGAUGUGAAUGGACCAAAGGCACAGCUGAUGCUAAGGUAUCCAGAUGGAAAGAGGGAACAGAUUUCACUGCCUGAACAAGCUAAACUUCUGGCUCUCGUGAAGCACGUGCAGUCGAAAGGCUACCCCAACGAGCGCUUCGAACUUCUCACCAACUUCCCUCGGAGGAAACUCUCCCACCUGGACUAUGAGAUCACGUUGCAGGAGGCAGGCCUGUGCCCUCAAGAGACUGUCUUUGUACAAGAAAGGAAUUAGCAGCGUGGCCUGAGCUCUCCCAGCCCUUCCUCCUCUCCACCUAGGGCACUGACUCAUUGAAUACCCGGUUGCGGGUCGUAGGAUCGCUGCGCUGAAGUCACACAGGCAGCUGCCUGGCCCUGCUCUCUGCUUUCCUUCUCCCUCAUCUAGUGACCAAAUGAGAACGUGCUGAGUUCGGUUCRGUUUGGUUUGGUUUUUGUUUCCCCAGCUUGGGCCCUGGGGAAGAGCGCUGGGAAGAACAUCUCUUUGGGAAAAAACGUCUUUGUUUUGGUUUGGUUUUUUAAUGGAAGAAAAUAAAAGGGUAAUCUGUGCAGCCCGAUAUGCUGGGGUUUGGAGCAGCCAUAAGCUAUAGACCCUUCUCACUGCUCUUCUGAAAUCUAUUCUGUUUAAUUUAUUAAAACAAAAACGGAGUCAUCUCUCUGCAAGGGGAGAGGAUAAUCUCGAGUAGGGUCCAACCUUCAUUUUGACCCUCUACGCUAAAGGCUUGCAUUAACCUUACACCCUCCUCACAGAAUCACUUGUCUAGUCUAGCACUCUGCAGAAAACUUAGUUUGGGGGAGRACCUGGGGUGCUGAGCUGUGUUCAGCUGCUCUGAUCCUGUCUUGCUUAAAGGCUUCUAUAACGCCUGCGUAUUUUCUUCCUACUUUAAAUCCUAAGGGUGAAAUGGUGAGCAAAAACAGGCAUACUCAACAGAGGAUUAACUGCUUGGCCCAGAGGGAAAGCAGCUUCUCUGCUAUUUUAGCCAGAAUUAACUCUUUUUGUAAGAAUAAGUGAAGGUUUCUCUUCCCCCAUAACCUUACAAGACUCCUCAUGUUGACUUUCAGGGUUUUACGCAUGGAAGGUGGCUGGGUUUUGUAAAGAUCAUAGAGGCUCCAGGAAACACCCAUCAUAAAACUGACGGUUACGUGGCUUUUCUGUUUGUGCAUUUUUUUUCCCCCAGUUUCAACCAACCUUGCAGGGACUUCAAAGCUCUGCGCAGGGGCAGGAACGUUCCCUUUGGUGUUUAAAAUCGUAUAUGGAGCCUUGUUGGAUUGCAGAAGGAAGCAAGGYGUUAUGAAAGGUGUUACAGUCAGACCUGCGAACUCUCAGGUGCUUUUUAUUACAUUUCUGACACAGCCAUCCUCAAGACUAAUGUUUAAGCAGAGCAUUUAUUUGCAAUUGAGAGCUUGGGUGUGCAUGCUCUUCACCAGUGAAAAAAAAGGAUGUGUAAAAGUAACUGUACCCUAGAAGAACAGGGAGAAGGUAAGAGUUGUAUCAAGAAGUACCAAACUCUACUAGUGAGCUUCAUGCAGAAUGUCAGGGAGCCCUGGCUUCAGAUAAUAGUAUUGGCUAAAGAAAAAGACUUAGUGAUCAGAAACUCAUUAUAGGGUUAAAAAAUAUUUUUCUGAAUAUUUUGCCUUAAGUUUCAUACUUGCCUGCAUGUUCUGGAAUCUUGAAAUGUAGGAAAUCAUGGAGUACACCCAGCGGUCCCUAUGGUAGUGUUUGUUCACAACUGUCCUCUACUCCUUUUGCACGGAAUCAGAAGAUUUUAUCACUUCAUGUCCCUUCUGUCUGAAGCCUGUUCUGCAGGAUACAGGGUCGCGGGAUACAUGACAGCAGCUUCCUACCUGGUGAGACUUGUGAAAUCUGGUGUUGCUUUUGGACUAUGAA